ACUGUCAAUGUCAAGCAGUACCGGCUGAAAGGGGUUAUGUAUUGAAUUUUUUAAAAAAAUAAUAAAAUCGCUUUGGUUUUUGAUUUAUAUUUUACUUGAGUAAUGAUUAGUUUAACAUCGUUUGCGAUAAGGUGCGGAUUUCCUUUCGUUAGUUUUAUCAUUUUUAUGCUUAUUUUUAUGUGCAUUUUAAAAGAAUGGAUGUUUACAUAUUUUUCAAACUAUUUGUUGCCAGAAAAAAUCAUAAAUGAGUUCGAUUAUAUUGUAGUUGGAAGUGGUUCAGCAGGAAGUAUAGUAGCAUUACGUUUGGCAGAAAACAGCAACAAUACAGUCCUUGUCUUAGAAGCUGGAAUUUGUGCUGGGAUAUUAUUUGAUAUUCCUGGUUUAACUCCAUUGUUACAAAAAUCAUUAGUAGAUUGGCAUUAUAGUACAGUACCCCAAAAGCAUGGUGGUUGGGCAUUAAAGAACAAUAUAUCAAAUUGGCCAAUGGGUAGCAUUUAUGGUGGCACAAGUAGGCUUAAUAGCAUGAUAUAUGCAAGGGGACAUCCAAGUGAUUUUAAAAGCUGGUUUAAAAAUGAUUCUAAUUAUUUAUAUGAGAAGCAUAUCCUCUCAUAUUUUAUGAAAGCUGAAGAUCAAAGAGGAAGGUACAAAUCAUCUCAGUUACAUUCAACUGGAGGUCCCCUUGCAGUAGAUGAUUUACCUUUUAUUACACCCUUUGCACAACAUUUCUUAGAUGCCGUCUCAUCAUUAAAUUUCUCAAUACAUGACUUAAAUGGAGGAGAGAAUAGGGGUUUUAUGAAGGUACAGGCCAACAUAAAAUCAGGAAGUCGAUGGAGUCCAGCUCACCAUUUACUUUAUUCAAAAAAUAAUGUUAUUAUAAAAACAAAUGCUUUUGUUGAAGAAAUACUGUUUAGCGGCAAUUAUGAAGCUUAUGGUGUUAGAUACAGUCAUUUUGGAAAUAAAUUUAUUGUAAACGCUAGAAAAGGCAUUGUUUUAAGCGCAGGCGUAGUAGGGUCUCCAAAAUUACUUAUGUUAUCUGGUGUAGGACCUAAAGAUCACUUAGAAAAGGUAAAUGUAUCUCUUGUGACCGAUUUACCAGUGGGUGAUAAUUUACAAGAUCAUAUCACAACUGGUUUAGACUUGAUUGUUUUAAAUAAAAGCGUAGGUUUGAGUUUAUCCGAUUUAUUAUCACCUGUGUCUGCUUUUCAAUAUAUAUUUCAUAAAAGAGGCCCUUGGACCUCCAUAGGCUGUGAAGUAAUAGGUGUAAUAGACACCAAAGGAAAUGGCGUCCCUGAUUUACAAAUAAUGGUCUUACCAACUGGAAUAACUGCAGACUUUGGGGCUCAUUUAAGACAUGCCUUAAAUUUAAAAGAUUCUGCUUGGACGCAUUAUUUUGAAUUAUUUCAAGAUAAAACCACCGUAAGCAUAAUUCCUGUUGUCCUUCACCCAAAAAGUCGGGGAACUGUAAGAUUACAGGACAAUAAUCCUUACAGUAAACCUCUUAUAGAUCCAAAUUACUUAUCUGAACCAUACGAUGUAGAAAUAUUGCUAAAAGGGAUUGAAUUAAUUAAAAAAAUCAUAGGUACAGAACCACUUAGCAGACUCGGGGCUAAGUUAAACGACAAAAAGUUUCCAGGAUGCGAAAAUUAUACGUUUGAUUCUAGGAACUACUGGGAGUGCUAUGUAAGACAUUUUACUUUAACUAGUUACCAUCCAGUGGGUACGUGCUCCUUAGGUGGUAAAAACGAAAAAAGCGUCGUCAAUUAUAAUUUUAAAGUCAAAAAUACCAAUAAAUUAUUUGUAGUGGAUGCGUCCGUGUUGCCGACUCUACCUAGUGCCAAUAUUAAUGCCGCUGUUGUAAUGAUAGCAGAAAAAGCUGCAGAUAUGAUAAAAUUAGAAGAUAAAUUGUCUUCCGGUAGAUGCUACCUUUUAGAAGUAUUUUUAAGAUAAAAAAAAUAUUACUGCUCCUUAUACUUUUAUAGAAGUAGUGGAAGUCUUCUUCCUGUUUUAUUUUGUUAUUGAUUGU